ACACAAGAAAACACACACAAAGAAUCUUGGGUGGUUAGCUAAAUCGCUUAUAGAAAACUCAGACCUCCUUUUAAGCAUAUAAAUCCCCCAUUAUUCAUUGACAAUCAACCAAGUAGUAGCAUACACCUUCUUCUUCUUCUUCACCAUUGAUACCUUUUAAACCCCCCGCCCCCUCUCAAUUCUAUACCAAUGGAAAUCCAGUUCCAACAACAAAAAUCAGUUAUUCCUGUUAGCAAGGGGAGCAAAUUCAAGGGAAGAAAUAAAAAGAUCAAUAAGGUUAACAAGUUUGUUGGUGUAAGACAAAGACCUUCUGGUAAAUGGGUAGCUGAGAUCAAAGACACAACUAAAAAUAUCAGGAUGUGGCUUGGCACCUUUGACACUGCUGAAGAUGCUGCUAGAGCUUAUGAUGAAGCUGCUUGCCUUCUCCGUGGUUCCAAUACUCGCACCAACUUCGUUACUCACGUCUCCUUCGAUUCUCCUCUUGCUUCUCGGAUUCGUAAUCUUCUUAACACCAAAAAAGAAGCUAAACAACAAACUGUUCUAGCCUCAGCCCCCACAAGUUUUAGCCUCAGCCUCAGCCCCAGCCCCAGCCCCAGCCCCAGCCCCAGCAGUAGUAUUACUACUAGCAGCGGUAGUUGUAAUAGCGGCGGAGGCCUAAGCAAUGAGAAUUCUUCUCCUGUUGAAAUGGUUCAAGAUACUCAGCUGUUUGAUGAUGCAUAUAAACCUGAUAUGAGCAAUUGCACAAGGGAAUUAGAGUGUGCAUCUUCUCAAUCAGAUUUUUCUUAUACCUGUGAAACAGGGUUUAAUAGGUUUCUUUAUACACAAGAAAUCAUGAAUUUUCCAGAGGAAACUGGCUCCGAGUUAACAGAAUUCGAGAGGAUGAAAGUGGAAAGACAAAUAUCAGCUUCGCUUUAUGCAAUGAAUGGAGUUCAAGAGUGCAUAGAAACAGUCCAUGAAUCUGGUGAAGCCUUGUGGGAUCUUCCACCACUAUGCUCUUUGUUUUCCUACAAGUUCUGAAACAUGAUCUUCAAUAGGUCUUAGCUUCAAUUUAUCCUUGUAAAAUCAAGAGAGUAGAUGAUUUAGGUUUCAUUGCUUGUUAUUGUAGGUCACAAGGACAAAAUAACAGCCAGGGACCAGAGAUGAUCUCCAUCUUGUAAAAAGUCAACUUUUCCUUUGGAAGGUCUUAUCCAUCUCUCAAUAUAAAAAAGUCUGUGAAAUCAUGCUGAUUUAA